AUGUUUUUUUUCAGUGACUACAUGGAUCGAUUUUUGGACGAAAAUGAAAGUGCUGCUUCGAGUCGGGCAGGGAGUCCUGGUCGUGCUCAUACUGUGCAGUCAAACCUCGAGGAUGGUCGUGCUCAUACUGUAACUACGGAAAAUGUUAUAUUGAACAGACCAACAUCAAGUAAUGCUCACUAUACCAGCUCUAGCUCUAGUAUAAUGUCUGGUCUCUUACGGAUACCUCAAUCCUAUGUCCCAACACCCGUGAUCGUCAGUAAUGAUAAAGAACCCCCGGCCAAAAAACCAAAUCUUGGAAAUUCUGAAUCUUUAAUAAUGACCAACGGUCCUCCACCUUUGAAACCUCGUGAUAACGCUACCAUACAGAUACCACACAUUGCGAGUCGUGUAACCAAUCAAGCUGCCAUAACAACCAAUCAUUCGACAAGUCACAUGACUAAUCACGUGAUGCAUGUACCCAGUCAGCUUGCUACGGGAAUCAAUCCAAGUGCUCCGACAAGUUUACCCAAUACUGCUGUUCAGUUUUCAACAUUAAACGCUCAACAUCAUUUGGGUCUGCACAAUAUUGAAUCUGGUAAUACGUACGCACGGCUUACUCAGAAUAGUUAA